AUGGCGGGACAGUUUGCCAAGCCGCGGAGCAAGCCGUCGGAGGUAGUGGACGGUCAGACAGUGGCGUCGUACAGAGGUGACAUUGUUAGCAGUCACGAAUUGCCAAGGAAUCCCGAACCGAUCCGUUUGGUGCUAGCUUAUUUUCACUCGGCGGCUACGUUGAACUACCUGCGCACACUGGCUCUGGAGAAUACUGGGGAGUUGUAUGAGCGCUUCUGCGCUCCGAGCGAGGGCAAGUUGGCGUGCGGGGAGUCCUCUGGCGGCGAGGUUGGCGAUGGAGACCUUAAGGAAAUUCUGAGAAUUAAUAGGGAAAUUCGCGAGCAGAGGUUUGAUUUUUACAUGUCGCACGAGGGUUUGUUGCUCGGUUACGAGGAGUCUUUGACAAGGCGCCUGGGUACCGGUUAUUACAACCUUGGGGCUCAUUUUUUGUGGAUUGGCGAUCGCACUCGAAAUAUAGGCCACGCGCACGUGGAAUAUUUUAGAGGGCUUGAGAAUCCAAUUGGCUUGAAGGUGGGUCCGACUUUGGAUCCAGUCGAGUUGGCAGAGUUGGUGCGGGUGUUGAAUCCGAAGAGAGAAAAAGGAAGGUUGACACUGAUUACACGAUAUGGCGUUUCUAAAGUGGAAGAGUGCCUUCCGUUGCACAUAUCCGCCGUGAAGCAGACUCGGAUACCUGUCUUGUGGUGCUGUGAUCCUUGCCACGGAAAUACUGAGAUGACGCUGAGUGGCAUAAAAACCAGGUCUUUUGACAAAAUUGUCGGCGAGUUGGUCACGUGUUUUAGAGUACACCGCGAAAGUGGCAGUCGCCUUGGGGGGGUUCACUUAGAAAUCACCGGAGAAGACGUCACGGAGUGCACAGGAGGUUGCGGCGACGCGAGGGUGACCAACUUGAGCGUUAGAUACGAAACAUUUUGCGAUCCAAGACUGAACUAUGCCCAAGCGAUUAGCAUUGCAUUGAAGGUUUCCGAAGAGCUGAACCGCCAUACGGAAAUGUGA